CGCACGCCCCGCGCUCUCUCUCGCACGCCCCGCGCUCUCUCUCGCACGCCGCUCUGUUUCUCUCUCUCUCUCUCGCACGAACACGAACACCUCAGCUCUUCUAUUGCUUCGUCCUCCCAGUUUACUAAAUUCGCCAUAAAAAGAUUCUAAAUGAAGAAGGAAAUUCCUGCGGAGCCAUUGUCUGAUGAAUCCAAGCGGAGCGACUCUACGGAUCCAUCUGAAGAUGUGGAAUUAUCCUCUUAUUAUGGGGAAGAUGGAGAAGAGAACGGAGAAUCUGGAGGAGAGAGCGAUUCCUCAGAAGAUGAGGUAUCAUCUUUGGAUGAUGCGGAAGAUCGGGGCACCAAUGGGGAUGUCAUAAAGUCUGUAGAAGAGAGCGAUUCCUCGGAAGAUGAGGUGGCUCCUAGGAAUACGAUUGGAGAAGUACCGUUGGAGUGGUAUAGAGAUGAGGAGCAUGUUGGGUAUGAUGUUUCUGGUAAGAAGAUCAAGAAACAGGCCAGGAAGGACAAAAUUGAGUCCUUUCUUGCCGGAGCAGAUAAUGUGAAAAAUUGGAGAAAGGUCUAUGAUGAGUACAAUGAUGAGGAAGUGGAACUAACUAAGGAGGAGAUUAAAGUUAUUAGUAGACUGCUGAGAGGAAAGACUCCACAUGCUGGAGUUGAUCCAUAUGCGCCGUAUGUUGAUUGGUUUGUUUGGGAGGACAAAGCACAUCCACUUUCAAGUGCCCCGGAGCCAAAGAGGCGAUUUAUUCGUUCAAAGUGGGAGGACAAGAAGGUAAUAAUACAUGCCUUUGAGUUUUUAUAGUGGAAGAAGAAAUUG